UAAAACAUGGCGGACUCGGCAGGAAAUUGGUGUCUCAUUGAGAGCGAUCCUGGCGUUUUUACAGAAUUGAUUAAAGAAUUCGGGGUCAAAGGUGCACAAGUGGAAGAAUUAUGGAGUUUGGAUGAUGAACAAUUCAAUGAUUUGAUGCCUAUUCAUGGUUUAAUAUUUUUAUUCAAAUGGGUACAAGAUGAUGAAUUAUCAGGGAAUAUUGUACAAGAUAACAGAUUGGACAAAAUAUUCUUUGCAAAACAGGUAAUAAAUAAUGCUUGUGCGACCCAAGCAAUAUUGAGUGUUUUAUUAAACUGUAAGCAUGCAGAUAUAUCUCUUGGACCAAACUUAGAAGAAUUUAAAAAUUUCUGUCAAAGCUUUGAUGCAAAUAUGCGUGGACUUGCACUUAGUAAUUCUGAUGUUAUAAGGGAAGUACAUAAUUCUUUCUCCAGACAAACAUUAUUUGAAUAUGACUCAAAACAGGCAUCUAAAGAUGAUGAUGUGUUUCAUUUUGUGAGUUAUGUUCCAAUUGAUGGUCGUUUGUACGAAUUAGAUGGAUUGAAAGAUGGGCCAAUUGAUUUGGGUCCGUGUUCAGUAGGAAAACAAUGGGUACAAGCUGCAAAACCUAUAAUUCAAAAACGGAUAAAAAAGUAUAACGAAGGCGAGAUUCAUUUCAAUUUAAUGGCUAUAGUGACAGACAGAAAAACUUUAUAUGAAAGGCAGAAGGCCAAUAUUUGUGAUCCUGAAGAAUUAGAACGUCUGCAAGCUUUAAUUGAGGAAGAGAUUAGAAAAUCGAAGAGAUAUCAAAUAGAGAAUAUCAGAAGAAAGCAUAAUUAUUUACCGCUUAUCAUGGAACUUUUGAAGAUUCUUGCUAAAGAAGGCAAACUUGUGUCUUUGUAUCAAAAAGCAAAAGAGAAAACACUUGAAAAGGAGUCAAAGAAAAAUAAAGUUUAAAUUUAAACGAAACUAAGAGAAAGGCCAAUUUAAAUUGUUUAAUAUAUUUGGUAUUGAUUUGAUUUGUAUAUUGUAGC